AUGCCUUCGGAAGCCGGUCACAGAUUAAGUUGCACCCAAUCGAUUUUCUACCCAUCGGAACCGACGACGCAACUCGUGGAUCUAUACGACUGCGCCCAUCACCUGAACAAACGAUGCCUCAGCGACCCGAACUUUGCGCGACGAAAUGUACUUCAAACCGAAAGAAUCGAAACUAACAUGCGUUUCAGGGGACGUCACCUCAGCUACCAGCGUAGCCGUCACGUCACCCACUCCAAGACGAGUCUGAUCAAGAUCGAGGGAGUUGACGACACCAACGCCGCCAACUUCUACCUCGGCAAGAAGAUCGCCUACGUCUACAAGGCCCAGAAGGAGAUCCGCGGUUCCAAGAUCCGCGUCAUCUGGGGCAAGGUCACCCGCCCUCACGGCAACUCUGGCGUCGUCCGCGCCAAGUUCUCCAACCCCCUCCCCACCCGCUCUUUCGGCGCAUCCGUUCGCGUGAUGCUCUACCCCUCGUCGAUUUAA